AUGAACCAGCACGUGCCGGCUCUCGCAGGAAAUUUGCAUCAAUUACAUGGGCCUCUACGUAUGCAACGCGAAGAUACGUUACACCAUCCAAGAUCUAAAUUUACAGUUUGCAUCAUCAACUAUCAGAGCUAUGACAUGCCCAGUGCAACUAGAUUCCGUAAUGACUACAAGCAAGCUAUGUCGAGAGUUUCCUCGCGUUAG